GAGCAAAAAGCCAAAUAAAAGGCCACUAUAUAUCGUCUCACGCGUAGUCACGCAACGCACGCUCUCUCCACUGACCCUACACUCUUCCUACUACGCCAGACCAAACCAAACAGGAAUCACAAGGGAGCACGAGCACGAGCACAGUGUGUUGUGCUGUACUGUGUUGAUCGAUCGAUAUCGCCAUGGCGGACUGGGGGCCGGUGCUGAUCGGGCUGGUGCUCUUCAUCCUGCUGUCGCCGGGCCUGCUGUUCCAGAUCCCCGGCAAGGGCCGGAUCAUCGAGUUCGGCAACUUCCAGACCAGCGGCCUCUCCAUCCUCAUCCACGCCGUCAUCUACUUCGCCCUCCUCGCCAUCUUCCUCCUCGCCGUCGGCGUCCACAUUUACCUCGGCUAGCCGUCGCCGGCGUCAGCGGCGGCGGGCCUUCUGCUAGCUCCUCUUUGACAUCUGGUGGGUGGAUUAGGAGGUACUGUGGUGGAGUGGAUACAUGUUUAUCUCUGCUUGCUAGCUGUUGGUUUAUACUGUUAUUUAGCACAUAUAUAUGUACUGCAGUAGUAUGCAGAUUGGGUGGCAAUGCUAUGUGGUGAUGUUCUUUGAGUUGGGAAUUUUUCAGUCUAAUGAUGAUCUGCUACUAGAUGGUUAUAUAUAUUCGCUACUAUUUUAUCGACAUCGAGAUAUAAUAUAGUCGAAUUAAUCUCU